ACCACCCCGGCCGCGUCACAGCUACAGCGGCAGAUCGGUCUCUCGGUGGCAGCUCACAACACGCGCGGCCAUGGCGUCAUCCACCUCCGCGUCGGGCGACGAGCGCCCCGGCGGUAGCGCGCCCCGCGACCCGUCCGCAGGGGCGGGGGCGCCGCCGCAGGCGCACGCGGAGUGGGCCGCCUCGCUGCAGGCCUACUACGGCGCCGGCGGGCACCCCUACGCCUGGCCCGCCGCGCAGCAGCACAUGAUGGCGGCGGGGGCACCGUACGGUGCGGCGGUGCCGUUCCCCGUGUACCACCCCGCGUUCUACGCGCACGCGUCCAUGGCCGCAGGUGUGCCUUACCCGGCCGGUGAGGCCGCGCCGGUGGCGGAAGGGAAUAGCAAGAUGAAGAAUUCCGGUGCCCCCUCUGGCGAUGGUUAUUCCGGGAGCAGUGAUGGCGGGAGCGAGGAGUCAUCAGAUAAGAGAGAUGCCAGUGCCGACCAGAAGGUAUUACCGUCUGCAAAGAGGAGAAAGUCCGGCAAUGCUGAUGUAAAAGGUGAACCGUCUCAGGCUGCCACAACACAGGUUGCUGCAACACAGGAUGCUGCAGCUGAGUUGCCAUUGGCAACCAGGAGGUCUGCAUCAAAGCUCUCAGUUUCGACAUCUGAGAGGGCAGCACUUUCCAAUGCCACACCAAACUUGAACAUUGGGAUGGAUAUUUGGAGCAAUUCUCCUGCUAAAGCAGAGACCUCAGGACAGAGAGAGGUGAAUGCUGGGGCACCUUCUCAACAUGCUGGCGCUUUGUCUCAGAUGAAGGACGAACGAGAAUUGAAGAGGGAGAGAAGAAAACAAUCUAACAGAGAGUCUGCAAGGAGAUCAAGACUACGCAAGCAGCAAGAAUGUGAAGAACUGAUCCAGAAGGUAACCGACCUGACCGCCAUUAAUGGUGCACUCGGAUCAGAACUUGACCAGCUUAAGAAGGCCUGUGAAGACAUGGAAGCAGAGAAUUCACAACUAAUGGGUGAAAUGGAACAGUCCGAGGCACCUAGUGUUUUAACUACUUUGAGCAUCCAGAUUGAAACGUCGAAGGCCCAUCAUGGAAACAAUGGCAAUCUCCAUAAGAAAAAUAUUAAUGAUAGCAAGGGGUAGUUCGAGUAGCAACCACAAACAAGAGGUUAGCUUUAGGCUACAGAUGAGAUGGGGUGUUUAAUACUCAUCAGUGUUUUGAUACCGACAUAGUUCAUGGCCUGUGUAUAGUCGCCAUGUAUAAGUUAUGGCUGCUGCCGAUAAAUAUGUGUAAACUGAUGUGUCAUAUUAUCAGUUAUUAUGGCUGCCCGCAGAAAAAAUAUUGUAAAAUGAUUUGUCGUUACAGUGAUGUACUGAUGUGAUACCACA